CGAAAAGAUGUUAUGGUUGUAUUGCUGUUAAAUGCAGACACUGCGCAUAAGAUUAUGCAGUAUUAAAAUGAGAAUAUUACUGCCUGAAUUGGAGUGUGUUUUGGCUGCCUGUUAAAAUAAAAGACAGAUGGUUUGAUUUAUAUUGGUGCGGGUCUCACCUUUACAAACAAAACAGCACCACUGCAGUUUUGCAGUUUCAGAAAUGUUGUUUGUGCGUGCGUUUACGAUUAGCAAAAGCUUUGAAAAUCCUUGUGCAAGAAAUGCAGAAGCUGCUGUUGCAGUGGAGGGAAAGGGAGUUGUUUGCUUUUGCUGUGUAUGUUAUUUCAUGGAGCUAUCGCUUUGCCUCACCAGUAAAACUCCUUCCCUGUGCAAGGGAAAUUCCUGGUUCAUUGGUAUGGAUGCAUUGUUUUUACACAUUAGAAGUGCUGUGUUGCUGUGUCAAUCAUCCCGUUAGGAUCAGUUUAAGAGCAGUAGGGCUGACGAAGCUGGGUGUGAUUGGCUGCCAUAUGCUGGGAGGGCUCUGUGAGAAGGAAGGGCUGCAGUCUUUCAGCAACAGAGUUUAGGCUGUGUCUGCUUCAUCAUCUGAGGAAAAAUCCCCUGAUAAGUCACCAGGCUUUCUGAGAAAAAAACCCAAAACAUUACAGGCUGCUCAUCGUUUGGUGUGAGAAUUAGUUACCAUGCUGCGAUGGGGAAGAUGUGGCUGUUUGUUUAUAUCAGAUGUUCCUGUUCACGUUGGGAAUGUGUCGAAUAGACAGGGCUAAACAAGGUCAGUGACUUAAAAAGUGCCUUUGCCAAGUCACUUUUACGAGCGAGGACUGCUACGCCUGUGUUCUCAAAAUCCCGUCUUUGCCAGCCAGACAUUGCCUUCACCUUACACCUGGCAGAAGAUACCUCAGCUGUCUCCAUUUGCCAAUUAGUUGAUGGGAAACUAAAAGCAGAAAAAGGAUUAUUAUUAUUAUUAUUCCUGGGACAUGAACAAAUGACUGCAUUGCUUUUCUCGUGUAAUCAAUACCGGCAAGCAACCAUCAGAGGACUGCUGUUCUAUCAAGGAGUGCCAUUGCAUUGAUGGACCUUGGCUUAAAACCAGUGCAUCCGUGAUUACAAUCAACAAACCCACGUGUUUUACAGACAGAAAUGCGACUGAGCAUGUGUUUUCCCAGCCAAAAGUCUACAAGCGGGACUUAAUGAUUGAUGAGUGACUGCUUGCUGAUAAACUUUCUCUGCUUGUUCUGCUUUGUGUGUGUUGGACGUCGUUAAUCGUCCCCCACUGUUUGUUUUUUUUAACUUUCUUUUCCAUUAGAAUUGAAGUUAUUUUUUUCUGACUUCCUCUCCCCCCCCCCCCCCCCCACACCUUUCCUUUGUCAUUAGUUUUGGAAAUUUCUUCAGCAUAAUUCACCCGACAGCAACUUACAAGUUCAAAUCAGCUUCUCAUCAUGGCUUUGAAUGUUGCUCCCGUAAGAGACACAAAAUGGCUGACAUUAGAAGUGUGCAGGCAGUUUCAGAGGGGAACUUGUUCACGCUCUGAUGAAGAAUGCAAAUUUGCACACCCCCCUAAAAGUUGCCAGGUUGAAAAUGGAAGAGUUAUUGCCUGCUUUGAUUCCUUAAAGGGUCGUUGUACAAGGGAGAACUGCAAGUACCUUCAUCCGCCAACACAUUUAAAAACUCAACUGGAAAUCAAUGGCAGGAACAACUUAAUCCAGCAAAAAACUGCAGCAGCAAUGCUCGCCCAGCAAAUGCAGUUCAUGUUUCCAGGGACACCACUACAGCCAGUGCCCACAUUUCCGGUGGGUCCCACAAUAGGAACGAACACAGCUAUUAGCUUUGCUCCUUACCUAACGCCAGUAACACCAGGAGUUGGCUUAGUCCCGACUGAGAUCCUACCCACGCCGCCUGUCAUUGUUCCUGGAAGUCCACCGGUUUCAGUCCCCAGUUCAACUGCUACCCAGAAACUCCUCAGGACUGAUAAACUGGAGGUGUGCAGGGAGUUCCAGCGGGGGAACUGUGCGCGUGGAGAGACUGAUUGCCGCUUUGCGCAUCCGGCAGACAGCACAAUGAUUGACACAAAUGACAACACCGUAACCGUGUGUAUGGAUUACAUAAAAGGUCGUUGCAUGAGGGAGAAAUGCAAGUAUUUUCACCCUCCUGCACAUUUGCAGGCCAAAAUCAAAGCGGCGCAACACCAAGCCAACCAGGCUGCAGUGGCAGCCCAGGCAGCUGCGGCAGCUGCGACUGUGAUGACUCAGUCGACUGCCAAAGCAAUGAAGCGACCUCUCGAAGCAACUGUAGACCUGGCCUUUCCUCCUGGUGUUCUUCACCCUUUACCAAAGAGACAAGCACUUGAAAAAAGCAAUGGUGCCAGUGCCGUUUUCAAUCCCAGUGUCUUGCACUAUCAACAGGCUCUUGCCAAUGCUCAGUUGCAGCAACAUGCAGCGUUUAUCCCGACAGGGUCAGUUUUGUGCAUGACACCCGCUACCAGUAUUGUACCCAUGAUGCACAACGCUACGGCCGCCACUGUCUCUGCAGCAACAACUCCUGCAACAAGUGUUCCCUUCGCCGCAACAGCCACAGCAAAUCAGAUAAUCCUGAAAUAGCCGGCAGGAGCGGAACGGAGUGUCACGAAGCCUCCCUGCGGACGGCCAAGCACGGCUACUGUACAUACUACCCCGUCUCCUCCUCUCUAGAGUUGCCACAAACUGCAUGCUAAGUCAAGAAUUUGUUCUUAUGGACAAAUCAAAAACUCAAAAAAGCUAGUGCUGCUAUGUCAUAUAUGAAUAUUAAAUAUGGUAUGCUUACUAUACUCCAACCUAAAAUAGUUAACUACCUGAUACCAGCUGUGAUGUUUCAAGACAUAAAGGAUAACAUUUAGUUUUAAAGAUUUUCUAAGCAUAGUUUAAUUAUUGCAAAUAUUGUCGUUUCUCCAUAACUACACCUAAUGAAAAUGGUCCAGAUCAAUUAGUCUCGUGAGAUUCCAUGUUUAUGAAUCUUUCGAGCUCAGCAAUAAUUGAAUUGAAUUGACUAAAAACUUUCCCCAGUUGCAGGUUUAAUUUUCACCCAAACUAUGAUUCGGGGUUUUCUUCUCAGUUAAAAAAAAAUCUUGGUUUUGCUCCCUUCGUGAGUUGAUUCCAAGACAGAGGAGGUGAAACGCAGCCUGGUGUCCUGCACAUCAUCCUGCCAAUCUGAUCUUUUUAGCCAGAAGUCCAAAGUAAAGCACAAAGUCUUUAGAUGCACAUGGUUGGUGUUUGACUUGUAUGGAGAAGUUGCAUUUGAAUCAUAGCAGAAUAGCAGAAGAAAAUUUUAAAAAUUUUGCACAGUAUGAACUUCAUACCCCUUUCAAUCCCCAAAAGAACAAAGUCUUGAGAAUAUUAUUUUACAAGUAUAUUUAUAAUGUUUUUAAAAUAGACUUUGCAGAAGUGCCUAAAUUUUGUCACAUCAGACUUGAUGAAAGUGAGCCUGAUGCCAACAGUCAAAUCUCAUCGGACGUGAAUAAUCUUUGAAACUCAUAGUCAGGUUACCAAAAAGAUCCAAGCUGUUAAGAAGUAAUUUCUAGAAGUGUAAAAUCAAACAAAACAAAACAAAAAAAAAA